AUGGAGAAAGUUCACUUCAGAAACCAUAUCCCUCCAUGGUUUCAAGCUGGAGCCAAGGUAAUGGAUAUAAUGACAACGGAGAGAAAUUGGAAUGCGGGCCUGAUCUGGAAGAGUUUCACUGCUGUUGAUGCAAGGAAAAUCCUUGCUACUCAUAUCCCAGCUGCAGAUAAGGAGGACGAGAUGAUUUGGGCCCAUACAAAAACAGGAAAAUACACAUUCAAGUCGGGGUACUGGUUCCUACACAGGCAACAGCAACCGAGCAUCGGUACUCACUCGAAAUUCUGGAAGGCCCUUUGGAAAAGCAAUCUCCUCCCUAAAUGGAAACACUUCAUCUGGCGUGUGAUUCAUCGCGCCAUUCCUACGAAGGAGAACCUGAGGAAACGAGGUAUGGAAGGUGAAGAAACUUGCAGUAUGUGUCAUGCUGAGGUUGAGACGCAAAACCACAUUUUUCGACUAUGCCCAGUGUCACAAAUGGUCUGGAAAAGUAGCUGGUUGGGUAUAAUCUCGUAUACCCAAAUGGAUAUAGGUGUGGAAGAUUGGAUAAUGAAUUUUCUGAAUUUGUUUUUCAACCAAGAUGGUGAGGAGGACUCAAGACUCCUUCAAUUUAUCUCAAUUUUGUGGUCAAUUUGGCUACACAGAAAUGAAAUCAUCUUUAGAAACGUGAGUGUAAGCCCGGAGAGGAUUCUUCACCUUGCACAGUCACACGUUCAUCAAUGGACCCAAGCCCAGAAACUGCUAGCAGCAAGACAGAAGGAUGAAAGGGAGGUGUCAUUGCCUGCAAUUACUAAGGGAAUCACUAUCUUCAAAUAUGGUCGAUGUUCAACGGAAGGAUUCAUAUGUCUAGUUGUUGAUGCAGCGUGGAAGGCCUCCAGUAAGGGUAACUGCAAUCAAUGGCAAGCGGCAGUAGGGUGGGAGGAGGACACAGAUCAAGAGCCUCGACUGAGUGGUGCAACCAAAAUAUUUGCCCUUUCACCUCUCCAAGCAGAGUGUCAAGCCAUCCUUUGGGGCACUCGUCUUGCAGCUUCUUUCGCAAGUAAUGUUGUGGUCAAAUCGGAUUGUUUGGAGGCAGUUCAAGCAAUCAAGAACCCUUCCAAAGCAGUCGUUAAUAUAGUACCUAUUAUAGAGGACAUUAGACUAGUAGCGAAGAACCUUGAUUAUUUUGUAUGCAUUAAGGUAAGCAGAACUCAAGUUAGUAAAGCCCAUAUCCUCGCUCAACGUGAGAGGAAGGGCAAGUAG